GGAAGUGACGCGAGGUGCUGAAAAGAGUUCAUCAAAGCAUCUGGGAGCAAAACACCAGCUAGCUCCAUCUCACUUCUCUCCAGGACACCGCAGACAGGGACGAAGGGACGGCCGGAGGUGUUCACGUUUCUGUGAGCAGUCGAUCACAAUGAAUCCAGUAUACAGCCCUGCACCAACAGGGGUCCCCUUCACCAACACCAAGGGUAUAGGCUACCCAGCAGCUGGAUUUCCUGUUGGCUAUGCCACUGCUGCUCCAGCGUACACUCCGAAUGUCUACGCGGGAGCGAAUCCAGCCUUCCCCAGCGGCUACGCUCCGGGGACCCCUUUCAAAAUGUCCUGCUCUCCCAACACGGGGACGGUCCCGCCGUAUUCCUCCUCCCCAAACCCCUACCCUGCGGCGGUUUACCCCGUCAGGAGCACCUACGCCCAACAGAACCCCUACGCACAGGCGUUAAUACCGUCACAGCAGCAAGGCCCGUACUACACACAGCCUCUGUACGCGGCUCCGCCUCACGUCAUCCAUCACACGACCGUGGUCCAGCCCAACGGGAUGCCGGCGGCCAUGUACGCCCCGCCCAUCCCGCCGCCCCGACCCAACGGCGUGGCCAUGGGCAUGGUGGCCGGCACGACCAUGGCCAUGUCAGCUGGAACUUUGUUGACGACUCCGUCGCCGGCGCCCGUCGCCACCCACCCGGUCACGAUGCCCACAUAUCGGCCUCCGGGCACGCCCAGCUACAGCUACGUGCCGCCGCAGUGGUGAAGCGAGGGGACUGUCAGAAGAUAGUAGAUAUGCAUUCACACUCUACUCCAGUGUUUUUCGCUCUCGGCCGGGACCUGCCGCUCGCGGCGUCCGCCGCCGAUUACUCUUCUUCCAGCAUAAUGUGAAUCUAAAAACCCAAAUACAUAGAAAGAGGCCCAUUUGGAUAGGGUGGAGGUGAAGAAUAGGCCCAUCCCCAUGACCCCCCUCCCCUCCCCAAUGGAAUCAGGCUGUGUUCCACCCCCACCCCGCCCCACCCCGCCCCCUCCCUGAUGCCAGCACUCCCCCCACCUGCUGCAUAACUCACAUCAAACUGCAAUGAAUCCAUGCAAACCUUUUGUGGGCCGCCAUGCAGGUUUUUAUAGCUUAAACUCUAAAGUGGUGAAAAGGGAGUUUUGACUCGUUCCUUUGUCUUUUUUUUUUUUUUUUUUUUUCUUUUUUCCGGUUUGAUUUGGGGAAUAGAUAUGACGUUGAAUGCAUGUGUAUAUAUAGAUAUAUGAAGUAAUGCUAGCUCAAUCUACCUGCUGUGACAGAUGCAAAUUCAACAAAAGGCACACAUCCAAAGGAACUAAAGAAAAAAAAAAAACAGAAGAAGAAGAAAAAAGUAAUAAUCUGCAAUGCUGACUCACCAGUGACCAUGUCUUAAAUGUGAAAGUAGAAAAGACAAGAAACGUCUGUUCAUGCAAAAA